AAAUAAUAUUUUUAUUUUUUUUUAGAAAAUAUUAUUUGAAAAUUAAAUAAAUAGAGUUAUCUCAUUCAUAACAGUACCGCGUCUUUCAAAUUCCUCCUCCUUUUUACCCUUUUCAGCUGUCGAUUCCACACGCCUUUUUUUUUUUCCUUUUCAAUUCAAAUAUCCAUCCAUCCAUACCCUGACUAUAAAUACCCAACUAUCUUCUAAAUCCUUCCUCAAAUUCUCAAAACAAAACAAAGCCUAAAAUAUUCAAACUAUUCGAUCAGACUGAAAUUUUCCUUAUUUUCUUAAUUUGAUCAACUGAAAGAUUUUCUCAGAUAGAAAAUGGUCGAUUUAGACUGGAAAGCAAAGAUGGUAUCCCCUGAUAUGUCUAGCAAGUCUCCCAAACUAUCGAACAAGCUUCAUCUCUCCGUUCCCGUCUCCGCUCGUGCCGUACAAGCCGAUGUGUCGGCGGCUUCUUCUUCGGCGUGUUCGGCUUAUGAAAACUAUCUUAGACUACCUGAGUUGAGGAAGCUAUGGAGUUGUAGAGAAUUCCCUGAGUGGAAGAACGAGUCGAUUUUAAAACCGGCUCUGCAGGCCCUUGAGAUGACAUUUCGGUUCAUUUCAACGACGUUGUCCGAUCCCCGUCCGUACGCCAACCGGCGGGAGUGGAAGCGGCGACUUGAGUCUCUUACCAAGAACCAGAUCGAGGUUAUAGCCAUGCUCUGUGAGGACGACGAGGAAGAUGACGAGACUCGCGGUACGGCUCCUAUUGCCGACACCAGCUCGACAAGUGGUAUCUUGGCUCGUGACGGUAGUCUUGCCGAGGUAUGGAAGGUCUACGGCGAGUCCAGUGCCACAGUUGUUAGCCGAACCAGCGAAGGAAGUCUCCUCCCUCGACUCGCUACUUGGCAGACUUCAGAGGAUGUAGCUCAGAACAUCAUGUAUUCGCUUGAGUGCGAGUUCAGGCGGUGUUCGUAUACUCUCGGAUUGGGGGAACCAAACCUCGCCGGGAAACCGACACUGGAGUACGACGCCGUUUGCAAGCCUAGCGAGGUUCAUUCGCUGAAGAAGAGUCCGUACGAUCAUCAAUUGGAGAGCAACUACGAGAGCCAGACGGUGUACACCACGCAACAGAUCCUUGAGUCGUGGAUUCACACGGCCGGGGAGCUUCUCCGUCGCGUCGCCAACCGAAUCGAUUCUAGAAGCUUCGAGAAGGCCGCGAGCGACUGCUACUUGAUCGAACGGAUCUGGAAACUUCUAGCGGAAAUCGAAGAUCUAUACCUUCUAAUGGACCCGGACGAUUUCUUGAGGCUGAAGAAUCAGCUCCACGUAAAAUCAAUGGAUGAUUCGGAACCCUUGUGCUUCAGAUCAAAACGGCUCGUUGAGAUCACGAAGCUCUGCAAGGAUCUGAGGCACAAGGUCCCUUACGUUUUGGGAGUUGAGGUGGACCCCAAAGGCGGGCCGAGGAUUCAAGAGGCCGUGAUGAGGCUGUACUCGGAGAAGUCUGAGUCGGAGAAGAUUCACCUUCUACAGGCGUUGCAGGCGAUCGAAUCGGCUCUUAAGAGGUUCUUCUACGCGUACAAGCAGGUUCUGAUCGUGGUGAUGGGAAGUUUGGAGGCCAAGGGGAACCGAGUCGUGAUUUGUCCCGACUCGUGCGAUUCGCUGAGUCAGAUUUUCCUUGAGCCAACGUAUUUCCCGAGUUUGGACGCGGCAAAGACGUUCCUUGGAAAUGGUUUGAAUCAGGACCAUCUCGUCGGGUUGGAUAGAAGAACUCGGCGGAAGCAGUAGGGUUGACAAGAGGAGGUCUUUACUCUGUCCACUCUUACAAUUUUUGGGAAAUUUCAUACUUGGAUGGAAGAAAGAAAAGAAAGAUUGUUAUAUUUAAUCUACUCAAAAAAAAAAAAAAAAAAAAAUUUAAAGAUUAUAUUUAUUUAAUUGAAUUAAAUUUUAUUUCAUUUUUUUUAUAUAGUUAUAAGUUACUUUUCACACUUGGAUUUUGAAAAAAGAAUCGAACUAUAUGUUAUAUGAUCUGAUUUUUCUUGUAUUCUUAUAGAAAUUUUGAUCCAUUGAUUAAAAUUAAUGCUACCUUUUUUUAUAAACAAAACAAAAGGUUAACAUGAAGCAUUGAUAAUUUGUCAUUUUUGAGAGAGGGAAAUAUUAAAGACACGACAAAAUACACGACAUUAGAUUGUUAACCAAAUCAGGAUUAUGUACUGGGAUAUCUUAGGUAAAACAGUUGAAGUUAGAUUGUUGCAGUUGGUGUUCUUCGUAGAUACUAAAAUGUACAAUUGAAAAUGAAAUGAAUAAAGGGCAUGAAGAACAUUGUCAAGGUCACGGAAUAGAUACGGGGUGGUUCUCGCUGAAGGAAUUGCAGCGAACGAUGCAUACAAUGAACUUUUUAUACACUAAUGGUCCCAACGCAACUAAAGGCUCCUGGGUCCAUUGGAGGCCCAACUUAUGGAUAGGCUCAUAUAUAGGUUCAUUGGAGGUGGUGGACAAAUUUGAAACCCAUGAAACACUGUUUCUAAAUUCGUUGGACUUAAUUUGAAAUGAUUCACGAUAGUAGGAGAUCAAAAAAGACGAAACCUCAAUUAUGAUGCGAUGAUAUUCUAUAAAGCACUGGACGCCCCCAUUGCUUUCGAACUAGGCCCAUGUUGUUAUUCCAUUCAAAUCCAUAGACGGGUCUACGUGGUAAUAUGGUGUUAAGCAGCAAAGAAAGAGCUCAAUUACAAAUUUACAAUCCCGUAGAAUCUAAAGAAAGUCCGAGCAGAAAAAGGUGCAAUAUAUAAUUGCAAACGUGGUGGAUGUCAAGUUACACAUGACCUACUCAAAUUUUUGGAAGGGAGAGAUGGCAACUUUUAUGCUCCCUCCUCCACCCCGUGAAGUUCCUAUCUUGAUUGUGUAUUUCUUAUGGAAAGAAAAUUCAGGUGAAUAAAUGACUGGUAGUCGAUGGAGGCACUUUUCUUCUCUCUCAAAGGUAGAGAAGUAUAUUGCCUUUUAUCGAAAAAAAGAUCUAAGAGUACAAGUAAUGUUUGUCGUAGAAUUUCAUUUUCAGGUGUUCAUAUGGGAUUUUGAAAUUGAAACUACGCCUACUAUUUGUUGUAUGGAUGACAAGAAACAAUAAUUUGGAAUGAAAUUUCGGUAAUUAUCAAUAAUUACAACAUGCAAUGGAUGAGAGUGGGCAAUCUCCAUCUUAUCUUGACAGAUAAAGAUAAAAAUAGGAGACAUGAAAAUUCUUGGAAUUUUUUCUUGAAAAAACGAGUACGAGUAGUAUUGAUCUACAUUUUGGUGGCUGCAAAUUUACAUUGCUGAAUAAAUGUUUUGAUGGGGCAUAGAUCAAACAAAGAUAAAGAUUGGAUAUCGCUCUUACUUCUCACGAAUGGAUGACUAAUAUCAAUCAUGGACCCAAACAAUAUCACCCUUCCUUGCAUCAUAUAAAAUAUAUUAUUACAAUUUUAUUCCAA